AAGGGAAAGAUGUACACAUUCCAUUCCACAUUCCAAUGAUAUUUUCCCUAGCCAGCCACACCUUUUGUGGGUGUGGAUAAUACCGUAUUAUCCGCAUAAUUAAGAGUCCUGAUCUUUCUUAUAAUGAGACUAGGCAUGGUCGUUUGUCUUUUAGACUGAUAUACACUGCUCCAGGAGCCAGCCAAGACUUUAUAACACAAUCUGCCACAGUUUCUACUCUUGUUUUUACUUCACAGACCUCUGGACUUUAUUUCAAACUGUACUUUUCAGCCAUAACGGGACAGCCAUCCUUGAAUGAGCAAGAGAGAAAGGACUGCAAAGGAGGAGGAUUAAACCAGUGCCUCUUAUCAAAACCACUCAACAAUCACCCUUCACCUCUCUGACUCGCCCUACCCCUCUCUCUCUCUCUCUCUUUCUCUCCACUCCUUCUAGUUAUUGAUAGAGGAGAUUCCAUGUACAGUAAGUCAUGGAAGACAGCACCAUAUUCACACAACAGUUCAUUGAUGCUAUCAAGAAACCAGUCUCAUCACGGACAUCACAGGAGAGUGAUUACAUUUGUCAUAUUUUGAAGAAGCUAAGUGAAUUCCAGACAUUUGACAGUUCUUCCUUGAGGACGGUAUUGAAUCAAAUCACAUACGAAGUACAUCCAAACAACACUGAGCUCUAUCAACCUGGUGACAUAGCCUCAUCAUGGUAUUACAUUGUCUAUGGCAGUGUGCUAAUAUCCACGUACUACACGUAUGGAGCUGGUUGCAGCUUUGGACAGUGCAUUGAUACUAAUCUAAGAACAGAUACCUGUCUCGUCACUAAAGAGAACACUGAGCUGUUAAAAAUCAGUUACACUGAUAAGGAAUUGGAUAGAUUUAUGCGAAGAGCUAAAAAUAGCACAGCGACAGGAUCCCUGACAAACAGUUUAGAAAUGACACUCACAACCUCAGCAGGGACACAGGGCAGUGCCCACACUAACAGUGGAAGUAUCACUCCUACUCACUGUACUAAUGCCAAUCAUCAGUCCAAGGAGGAAUCAGUGAGCCUCUCUGAUGGAGAACUGCUAGGAGAUGAGAAGAAACCAUCACACAAGUAUUCGUUGGAUAAGAGUCUGAGCACUGAGUAUGCCUCACGUGACGUAUGGGGCUUAGAGAAACUGGACCCGCUGGAUCACAUUGGUAACCAUGAUGAUGAGGACGAGAUUGAGAUAGAGAACGACAGUCGGAGGAUGAGUCAAAAGCACGGCCACGCCUCCAAGGACGAUCAACAUUUUAGAUUUGAUGAGAAAGACGUUAAAACUUUAUCUGUUUCCAAUGAUAGUCUUCACAGAGCUCUUGAAGAUGAUCCACUGACUGGAGGAGAGAGAGAGAGGGAGAGAGGGAGGGGGAAGAAGAUACCAGCAACUGAAGUGACCCUUAGGGACAGGAGGAAGGUCGCUCAUAGGAGAAGUGCCCCUCCUACUAGUCAAAGGUCACUCAGAGACUCGGUUGGAUCUUUGGAUUAUUUGUCGGAGAGUCAAGUCGAUAUCGAUUCUGAUGAUGAAGAGUCGGCACAUUCUGAGACAUCAAGCUCCCCAGGGAUGGACUCAGUAUAUGAAGUAUUGAAUAAGCCACCUCCUGAGAGAACUGAUGAGGACAUUGAGAGAGUCACUGAUGUUCUCCAGUACAUGCCUGCGUUUUCCAACAUGACCUCCAACAUUCGCCGAGCUUUGUUUCAGGUUCUGUUACUGACUACAUUUCCUGAGGAAGGGAGCGUUGUUGUUGACAAUGGAGAGCAAGUCAACAAGUGGUUUGUUGUUCUCCAUGGUCAGGUAAGGCAGAUCAGGGACUCUGAGACUGACAAGAUAUUUCAUAUCGGAGAGACUUUUGGAGUCUCAAAGAGCCUUAAAGUCCUUCCCCACAGAGGAAAGCUUGUGACAUCAUCAAAGGAUUGUCAAUUAUGUUAUGUAUCCUCAGAAGAGUAUGGUAGAGUCCUGGCUCAAGGAGAAGAGAACUUAAAGAGGAUAGAGGAAAACGGUCAAGUGGUGGCAGUACUAGAGAAGAGAGCUGUCUCUGCCAAGAGAGAAGGAUAUUUUGUAGUUCAGGCAACCCCACAGAAGUUAUUAGACUACCUAUUGGAGGAGGGUGUGGAUGACACCUUCCAUUCUGAUUUCUUGCUCACGUAUCGUUCAUUCUUUGAUUCCAUUGAUCCAAUUGUAUCAAAGAUCAAGGAUACCUGGAGCAAAGGGCUGCCAGAGCAACGGGAGAGAAUCACGAUGAUAGUCUUGAAUUGGGUCAGUGAGCAUUAUGCUGAUUUUGAGGAAGAUGAUUCGUUUCUCGAUUGGUUUGAAGAAGUUUUGAUAGAAGAGAGUAAGAUUGGUGAGAAGAGGAUUCUUGACGAGGCAAGGAUAUCUAAUGCUAAAUAUCGAACUAUUCAAAUGGAGAGAGAUGGCAUUAAUAGUCCAUUGGAUUUCUCAGUGGUCGGUGGGUGGGAGCUAAGACAACCGAUAUUUGUCUCUGAGAUAGUUCCCAACUCGAUUCCGGCACAAGAGGGACUUAAAGUCGGCGAUCAAAUACUGUCAAUCAAUGAUACUAAAUGUGAAGGAAAAGAACUUAGAGAGGUCUUGCAAAUACUUCAAAAGAAUUAUAAACUAGAAAUAGUUGUUAAAUUCAGUUUACCAAAGUUUAAGCAGUUUAUGCUUGAGCCCCAACAUGUUGAAAUACAAAGAUCCCACACAGUGUCAGUUCCUUCUCAUUCCUUCAUAUCGAGAAGCAAUUCGACUUCGGCCUCAACUGCUUUAAAGACCAACAAAUCAGCAUCAUCCACUGCUCAAUCAGAUUCACCUAAAAUAAAGAAAAGAGGACCAGGAUUUCUAAAGCCUAUUUUUAAAUCAGUUAGUAAAUCGAGUAUGGAGAAAUUCAGAUCAAGACUAAGACAUCAACACAGUUCGACCCAGUCAGAGUCAAAUACCGGCUCCGAGAGUCCCUCAGGUCCGCUGAAGGCUCGUAAGAAACUCGGGGCUCGUAAAGCCUCAGAAGAGAAUCUCUUAGACGACGGCGGGUCAUCGUCUGGUAAAGUAUUGCGACCGGCUUCAUCUGCUGAAGACUUACACACACUAAAUACUCAUAAUUCACCAAAGGUAAGGCGACAUGGCGGCAGUGGGAGACACAGUAGGACACAUGUUGUUGACUCUGUUGUCAAGCUGUAUGCUCUGGAUCACUCUGUCAAGUAUCUGGACAUUACCCCUGCUACUACCGUAGCUGAGAUCAUAGAGAGAGGAGUGAAGGAUUUCUAUCCCGACCGUUUCGUUCCUUCUCCUUCAGAUGAGUUCUGUAUAUGUAUGGUGACAGUCCAGAGUCGCAGUGGCCCCAUUAAGAACUCUGUAUUACCAGGCCAUCUCACUGACUUAGCUAAUUUCAUUGGACUUGGAAGCAGAUAUUACUUGAAGGAGAGAGCAUAUCAUGGUACACUAGUGCAAGAUGAAGAGGCUGAACGUAUUGUAAAGGAAAGUCGUCAAUGGGAGCUUAUUUAUAACCUUAAGGCAAUGCAAGUGGCUGAAGAACUUACUAGAAGAGAUUCCAGUGUGUUUAGCAGCAUUUUCCCAUCAGAGUUCAUUUCCGACUUAUGGAAGAGUCCUGACAAAGCAGCAAGAAGACAUCUCAUUGAGUUUGAAGAAAUACCAAAUGAUGAGAUGUAUUGGGUUAUAACAACAAUAGUCUCUGAACCAAGUGCUACCAAUAGAUCGAAAAUAAUCAAACACUUCAUAAAGAUAGCAAAAUGUUGUAAAACUUUAAAGAAUUAUAAUACGAUGUUUCACUUGUUAAGUGGUCUCAAUCACGGACUAGUACAGAGACUCAGAUCAUCAUGGGAGAAAGUGCCGCACAGAUACAAGAAAACAAUGGAGGAUUUGGGUUCUUUCAUGAAUCCCUUUCACAAUAUGGUGAAAUACCGUGAGCUACAGCGACAGACUCAGCCUCCUCUGAUACCAUUCUUCCCCAUCAUCAAGAAAGACCUCACCUUCCUCUUUGAUGGUAACGACACCAUUGUCAGCGGGUUGAUUAACUUUGAGAAACUGAGGAUGCUCUCAAGGCAAAUUAGGAUUGUUAAAGGAUUCUGUACAGCUACCAUUGAGCCAACGCCCCCUGAGGUUGAUUUGAGUCAGUUAGGUAUAUACAAUAGGACCAUUGGGUCUCUUCAUGGGUCUUUACGUUGGAAACAGCGGAGUCCAACAAACACCGUCUCACUGACCGAGAAUGCACUCAAGCGAGUAUACAUGCAUAGUCGAUUGUCAAAAAUGGUGAGCAAACACUUGUCACAAAAGUACGUGCUUCAGGAUGAAAACUACUUGGAGCAAAUUGUGGACAGUCAAGAGAAAUUAUCAAAUGUUAACAAACGUACACCAUCCAGCCCAAUGAAGGGAAAGAAAUCUCUAGUAGUAGAAUCUAAGCAUCGCAGUGCUAAUAUAUCGCCAUCGCCAACUGCAAACUCUCUUGGAUCAGAUAUAUCUGCCCACCAAAGUAUUGAUCUUUGUCCUACAAGCUCUUCUCCUGCCACCAUUAGUAUACCUGUAGCUACUGCAUCAUUGAAUCCAUCUAUGCCUCUUGAUGUUGAUGCUGAUUAUUCACCUCGAUCGCCUUCUAUGAAUUCAUUCACUAGUACAAGCAGUGCUCCUAUGAUAUCCAAAAAAGACUGACAAUGACCCAUAUGUUUGAGGUUAUAUAAACUAUCAAUUUUCAAUUUUGUAGUUACUGUAUUAUUAUUAUUAUUGUUGUUGUUGUUGUUAUUAUUAUUAUUUUCCUUUUUUGUGUGUUGACGUUAUCAGCAUCUUGUCGCUUCUGUUUCUAUUUUUAUUAUUGUCAGAAUUUACACUUGAUUAUUUUGCUUUGUGAUACAACUGUAAUGUA